AUGCUGCGGCUGCGCAAAGUCAUGGGGCGCCGGCGGUUGCUGCUGAGGGCCAGAGGGAUAGCCAAGCUUUUUCUUUAUCUGAGGAGGCAAAAGUGCCAGUGGCUAGCCCGGCUUUGUGCUGCUCGCGUUUUGCUGCUGCAAGUGUCGGCGGUGCGCAGCAAAGCCCUCAGAGACUUUGCUGCACCUCUAGCUGAAGCACUGCGAGCAGCAGCAGCAGCAGCAGCAGCAGAAAAGGAAGCAGCCGCAGCAGCAGCACAGCAAGCGGAACAGCAACAAAGGGAGGAGACAAUGGCCCUGCGAAUACAG